CCCGGAGUUUCCGCCCGACACGGCGGCCGGCAGGACGAGGAUCCCUGGAGGGGAGCGGCGGCCCCGCCCCGAGUCCGAGCGCAGAGGGCAGGUCCGCAGGGCCGGAGCCGGGGGUCACCCAGCCGGUCCCGGGCGAACCCCGCGGAGCAGCCGAUGAGCCGCUGGUGCGCGCCGCCGGGGACCGCUCCUGCGGGGGAGUCCGCCCGGCACCUCCGCUCGGGCGGGGCGGCGGCUUGCCCCGACGGCCGCGGCUGCGGGUAGGAGACAGGAGAGAUCCCGGGGCCAGACCCGGACCCCACCUUAGCGCUCCUGCGCGGCGCGGAGACGGGACUCGGGAUCGUCGCCAGAGCCACCCCCUGACGGCCGGCGCCCCCUGCAGACCCGAACGAGGGACGCGUUUCCAGGGGCUCGCCGCUCCGGCUCCGACAGCCACCAUGCCUCUGCCCCCCGCACCCCCGCGCCCCGGCCGCCCCUGACGCCCGCGCGCCAUGGCUGCGCCCCAGAGCUGUGACAGGGGCCGAGUGGCCUCCACCCUCCGCUACUGCCUGUCGGUCUGCGGCACCGUGUUCCUGAUCGCCGGGACGCUCUGCUUCGCGUGGUGGAGCGAAGGGGAUGAUAAGGGCGUUCCGCCCAGCCAGCCGGCCCCGCCCACUGGGCACCCUGCGCCCGAGGCCCCCAGGCCCCUGCUCAGGUCCAUCAGCUUCUUCUGCUUCGGGGCAGGCGGCUUGCUGCUGCUCCUGGGCCUGCUGUGGUCCAUCAAGGCCCAUGCCUGGGGGUCACCCCGACGUGACCCGUAUCACCUCUCCAGAGACCUGUACUACCUCACGGUGGAGCCGUCGGAGAAGGAGAGCUGCAGGACCCCAGAGCUGGUGCCCAUCCCCACUUAUGAGGAGGCCGUGCGCUGCCCGCUGGUGGAGGGGCCCCCGGCACCACCUGCGUACCCCACAGAGGAAGACCCGCUGUGCAGCGCCUCGGAGGCUGCCCUGCUUGGGGGCCCGCCUGCCUCGCCUCCGCCCAGCUACGAGAGUGUCAUCCCCGCCGCUGCUGCUGUCCCCGGAGAGACAAUGCCAGCUGGUCCAGGCCACAGUGAGAGGACAGGAAAGGCCCCUCACAGGCCCUGAGUCCAGAGACAGUGCAUGAGCUUCUCGCAGUGCCUGCCGCGGGGCCUGGCUCACAGCAGGCCCUCCGCGGGCACUGGGCUCUCAGGGCUGUUUUAUUCUGUUGCUGUGUAACAAGUGCUUAGAGCGAAUCCAUUUUCUCAUCUCUCC